GACCGACCCAGCGACGCUCCGUGGAGCGGGGCCUGCGCAGCGGUGGGGGGGCCGCUCGCCAUCCCCCCUCCCCGCCCGGAGGUGCUUUGGGGCUGCUGACAUCCGUUUCCCGCUGGAGGUGCUGCAGGAUGGCGGAAGGGGUUCAGGCGCGGAAGGACGCCACUCCGGGGAAUUGCAAGCCGGCUGCCCCGCAGGGUGAGGGCCUCCCCUUUUCUCCCCCUGUAAAGAGCUCCACUAAAGCAGGGAGCGCCUCCAACCUGGAACAGGAGGGGGACGGAGGGGAGGAGGAGGAAGAGGAGGAGCCCGGCUGUGGCAUGGAGGAAGACGUCUACAUCUGGGAACUGGCCGGGGAGAGAGGGGCUGCCGUCCCAGAUCCUCCUGUCCUGGAUGAGGCCAGCAACGACACUGCCAGCAGCUCAGGCUGCGAAGGCACCGAUGGGACCGGUGCUGCUGCUCCUCCUCCUCCUCUUCCACGGGGCCCUUCGGAGCCACCUGGCGCCUGGCAGGGACUGUGCACCUGGCUGUGCUGGCGCCAGCGAGUCUUGGAGCACCUGGAGCAGGAAGCCGACAGCCACUCCAGGAUUGCUCAGGUGACGUUUGAGGACGUGGCUGUCUAUUUCUCACCAGAGGAGUGGGCGGAGCUGACGGCGUGGCAGAAGCAGCUGUACUGGGGAGUGAUGAAGGAGAGCCAUGACCUGGUUGCCUCGCUUGCGCCUGUGCAGAGACACCCGUCGGAGGUCCUGGGCCGGAUAGAGCGGGGCGAGGCCCCUCCCUCUGAAAGUCCUCUGCAGGAGAAGCGGCCAGAAGCGGCCCCGGCCCCAAGCCCAGGCGAGGCGUGCAGAGUUUCCGAGGACGACUCACAACUGGAGGUUCAGACAGAGCCAGGAGCGGAGCAGCUGUGCAGCCAAACCCAGCCGGAAGGAAGAGGGGCGGAUGCUACCGGCCCCCCCAGCCCCACAGCAGACUCCAAGCCCUGCGCCAAGCGUGGAGAGAAGGAGGGGGCUGCCCCGAAGGAGCGCAGAGCUGCCCCCGCCCACGACUGCAAGGACUGUGGCCAGAGUUUCCCCGACCGGGACGCUCUGAUCUCCCACGUGCUCCGCGUCCACUUCAGCGAGCGAGCGCUGCCCUGCCCACAGUGCGGGAAAUUCUUUGGCAGUCCCAGCACCCUGGCGACCCACCAGAACAGCCACCACCGGGAGCGGGUCUUCACCUGCGUUGACUGCAAGAGCAACUUUGUCUACGAGGAGCAGGAGGCAAAUCGGAUCCACGCGCAGCUGGCCCUGGGGAAGCUCUUCAAGUGCUUCAACUGCAGCUGCAAGAUCGCCCUCCUCAUGGACCAGAAGCCGGACACCCUGCAGGCCUCCCCACCCUUCGGGCAGCCGGACGCGGUGUACUACAGCCGCCAGAAAGCCAUGGAGCAGGUCCGGCAGCGGGCGGCGCACUGGACGACCUCGGAGACCAAAGCCUUUGUGGAGCUGUGGGGGGACGACCGAGUCCAGACGUCCCUUUAUGACAACUACCGGAACGAAGUGCAGUACAAGCGCCUGUCGGACAAGAUGAGGAAAAUGGGCUUCCUCCGUAACCUGGAGCAGUGCCGACAGCGAGCCAAGGACCUGAGGCGGGGCUUCAAGGAGAUCAAGGACGGCAACCUCCAUUCCAACCGCGCCCGCCAGACCAUGCCGUUCUUUUCCCUCUUGGACCGCUUCCUGCUGAUGAGCCGGGGGCUGGUCAUCCCCAAGGUGUGCAUCAACCGAGCCAAGCAGAAGGGCCGGAAGAACAGGGGCCGGAGGGAGGAGCCCCACGGCGAGCAGUCGCUUGCGCUCGUGCUGCCCACGGAGGGCCCCGACCCGCGUCAGCUGCAUUUCCCAGCCCAGGAUUCCUAUGUCCAUUCACUGGGACUGCCCAGCUACCCGCUCCAGAGGCGCAAGCAAAACCGUUACAGCCAGGGUGCAGGCCUUCCUGACUACCAGCUUCAGCUCCCCGACCAAGACUCAUCUGUCCAUGCGAUGGGGGUUCCCAGCUACCACCUGCAGGGGCAGGAUGAAAGCCCCCCCACGCGCACAGUGGGACUAGCGGACUUCUCGCUCAGAGACCAAGAUGCCUCCCUUGUCAUGGAGUCCUGUCUGGCACCCGGUCACGGCCAGCACCAGGACAUGGCGCUGACCCCUAUCAAUGGGCUGUCCGCUGCCAGCAACCUCUGGACGGAAAUCUCCACUCCCGUGCCUGCAGAGCGCCCCACCAACACGGCAGCUCAAGGGGGUGUGCAGACAUGGCAUCCAGGAAAGGCUCCAAGUUCAUCUGCAAAACGAAUGCGAGAUCUCCGGUUGCGCCGCAGAAGGCAACGCGCUGCCAUGGCACGUGUGUUGCUGGGCGCCAAUUACCGCCCAAAUGACCGGACAGUGUGGAGUAAGACGCAGAAAACAGACUGGUGGGACAACCUGGUUGCUGGUCAGCUUGACGAUGGGGAGUGGAUCCGCUAUUUCCGCAUGUCCCGGGAGGC